AACGGACCGGUCCUCACACCUUCUAGCGGGAUGACAAAUGGAUGAUUAAGGACAGGCGCAUCGAGUUUGAGACUCGGCUGCAAAGGUGUAGGUAAGAAAUUCCCAUCGAGUUCUUCUGGCGGGUUGAGAAAGGGAUCCGUGCUCGGUCCAGCGGGAUUGUAGAUGUGCACCACUGGCCUAAACUGAUUCGCUAUGGGCGACAUAUCCUCAUGCUGAGAGGAGACAGCAAGCGUGUCAUAGCAUAUCUCGUCGCUCGGCUGUGGCACUUGAGAUUGAGGCAGGGGACCGAGCUUGCCGACUGCAGCGGCGAAGGGUUGAGGUUCUGGACCGAUAAGCUGUAGCGAUGCUGGACCCAACGACCGAGGUGCUGAUUCAAGAGCUUGCAUUCCAAGACCCAACGGCUGAGGUGCUGAUUCCACGAUCGAGCCAGAAGUUUGUGGCAUGCAAGCAGCCGAAUUCAUAAUGGUCUCCGAACAGGAUUGCUGGUCCAAAAUAGCGUGAAUCUCAGCCAAGAAGGCAUCAGCCAGCGCCUCGUCCUCCUCUUGCGGCACACGUCCGCCUGAGAAGGCAGCCAAACUUCCAAAGACGGGUGGCGAUUCAAGGACCGUUUUUGAAUCUAA